AUGGCUUCUCAGCGUGGUGCCAAACGUUCAAAAUUAAAUCCGACAACAACGACUCAAUCUCAACGUCAAAAUAAUGGCAGUAGUGAUUCUGAAGUAGAUAUGACUGUACGUGAUGACGAUUAUAAACCAUUCGUCAAAGCUAGUGUUCAAUAUUUUCUUGCCAAUUGUUCUAAACCUGUAUUAAUCAAACGUUUAGAUUUUAUUAAUCAGAUAUUGAAAACAAAUAAGAAACUAUAUCCAGCUGUAAUUGAAGAUACAAAAUCUGUGUUAUCUAAAAUAUUUGGUAUACAACUUAAAUUUGAUGAAUCUCAUGAUGGUUUUAUCUUAGUAAAUAAUUUAGCAAAUUCUCUCGAUCAAAAACCAUUGGUAACACAAACAAAUUAUCCUAAAAUGGCUCUAUUAAUGAUCAUAACAACAUGUUUAAAACAUGCUGGUGGUGAAUUAUCAGCAACAGAUUUUUGGCGAAUGUUAUCUGAUACAUUAAAUAUCAAUGGAGAUUUACCAACAAAUUUAACACAAAAUCAACAUAAAAUAUUUGGUGAUGUUCAAAAGUUGAUUAAAACAGAAUUUGUUAAAGAAGGUUAUUUAGUAUUUGAUCAAAUGAAAGAUUUAAGUGGUAGUUCGGAUACACCGGUGGUUAUGGUUCGAUUAGGUCAUCGUUCAAAACACGAAUUUACAGAUGAAAAUUUAGAAAAAUUUACUAAACAUUUAAAUAGUCUCGAUGAUAAUGUUCAAAAUGAUGAUAUGAAUAAUAGAGACGAAGAUGAACAACAUUCGGAUGAAAAUUAA